GAUGUCUCAAAUGGCAGCCUAUUCAGAGUGGACUCUAUACACAUGUUAACAAAGUUAAGACCCUUUAUUCAUACCUUCCUGAAAGAAGCAAGUAGCAUGUUUGAGAUGUAUGUAUACACAAUGGGAGAACGUUCCUAUGCAUUGGAAAUGGUGAAGCUCCUUGACCCUAGAAGGGUGUAUUUUAGUUCCAGAGUGAUCUCAAAAGCUGAUUGCACCCAAAGACAUCAAAAGGGCCUAGACAUGGUGCUGGGAGCUGAAAGUGCUGUUGUGAUCCUUGAUGAUACAGAGGAUGAUUUGGUGACAGAGGCAACGAUUGGCUCUAGUAGGGUAUGGAGCAAACAUAGAGAGAACCUGAUUCUGAUGGAGAGAUAUCAUUUCUUUUCUUCAAGUUGCCGUCAAUUCCGCAUCUUUGCAGAAUCCCUUUCUGAGUUGAACAGGGAUGAAUGCAAGUCUGAAGGUGCACUUGCAUCUGUUCUUAAAGUUCUUAAGGGAAUUCAUGAGAAAUUCUUUGACCAGCAGGAACUUGGUGCAAAUCUUUCAGGCAGAGAUGUGAGACAGGUGAUCAAGAUGGUUUUGCUCUUGUUUACUGUAGAUCAAAAUAUCAUCAAAGUAAACAACCAGAAAUCCACCAAUGAAAGGACGCAAUACUUGAGUAAAAGUGUUGGAACAUUGGUAAGACCGAUGGGCAUGAUUUUGGUCUGGAAGGUAGUCUUCCUCUCAUCACUUGGUUGUAUGUAAAUCUGGUGGUAUCCAAUCUUAAGUAUAUUUUAGAGAAGACCUUUGCUCCGGACAGUAUAUCUAACAUGUCAUUAAGUCGUGAGAUGGGGAACCUGUACUUGACUAUGAUUUUAUUGAUGGCUCGGCGAUCAACACACAUGCAUCAGGAGCCAUCCUUAUAGGGCUUGAGUAGUGCUGGAACUGCAUAGGGGCUCAAAUUCUCUUGUAUGAAUCCUUUUUUCACUUACUCAUCAAUCUGUCGCUUCAGAUUUGCAUGCUUUGUAGGACUUGGGCCAUAAACAGGCAGGUUAGGUAACAUAGUAAAGGAACUAAAUCACUGGCCUGAUGAAUGUCAUGCACAGAGGGAAGCACAUCUGGUAGAUCAUCGGGCACCAAGUUUGAA